UCUUCUCAAUGGGAAGUAAGAUUCUGAUAGCUCGACUGCAGCGCAUAUCGUAACACAAAGAAGAAAUUUAACUUAAUCUUACUACUAGACUAGAUCUAGGAUCUAUCUAUCUAGAUUAGUAGAUCUACAUUCAAAAUGAAGCUAAUGUGUCUGCUUUUCGCGUUAAUGAUAAACUUUGCAGAAGCGAAUCGUGGUAAUGGUUUGGUAGGAGGAUGGAGGGUACAAGAUGUGUCAAAUCUGAAUGAAAAUACUGAUUCUGAACUUUUACCAGCUGCGCACAAAGCUGUUGAGCUCAUGAACAACAUCAAGACACAAAAUGGAGCGAUCAAUUCGAUUCCUAUUGUAUUCAAACAAAUUUUGUCUGCCGAAACACAGAUUGUUGCUGGUGUGAACUACCGUUUGACUCUCAAGCUUGAAAUAGAUGGGGCUGUAAAAAUUUGCGAUGUUGUAGUGAGCCACCUGAUUGGGUUAAAUGGAUGGGAGUGGUUACUGUCUGUUCCAUCUCCUGAUGACCACUGUGCCAGGUUUGUUCAGACUAGUAGACGGCGUCGCUCAGCCGCCUUGUUUGGGGCAGAGAGGACCGCUGGCCUGAAUGAUAAAAAUGUCCAGAAGGCGGCAGCUUGGGCAGUUGACCAUUACAACAGGAUGUCCAACAGCAUGUUCAAGCAGAGUCUGGUCAAAGUUUCACAAGCCACAAAACAGGUGGUCAGUGGCUUCAGGUACCGUUUCCUUCUGACCAUGGCUGAGACUGCCUGCCGUAACAAUGAAGAGAGCCUCAAGAAAAGUGCAUUGGAGUGCCCAGUCUCAGAUGCUGCUUCAGCUAGAGACUGUGAUGUUUCUGUCAUCUUAAAACAAGACACAUUCACCAUGGAAGAAUUUAACUGUAAGAAGAGCAAAUUAAAUCAAUUGAUCGGAGGUGGUGACCAUGACUACAAGCCUCAUGGGAUGAUUGGAGGUGGUGACCAUGACUACAAGCCUCAUGGGAUGAUUGGAGGUGGUGACCACGACUACAAGCCUCAUGGGAUGAUUGGAGGUGGUGACCACGACUACAAGCCUCAUGGGAUGAUUGGAGGUGGUGACCAUGACUACAAGCCUCAUGGGAUGAUUGGAGGUGGUGACCAUGACUACAAGCCUCAUGGAUCACCACUCAAGUUUGAGAAGAGUGUGCCGGUCAGUAACAUUCAUGUCAUGAGCAUACCUGAGGACAAGCCAGCCGGAGCUGUGGACAGCUGCCAGCAGUACCUGCCACAGUUCCAGGAAUUUAAAACCAACUACAACCGCCUGUACGGCACAGAGGAAGAGGAAUCUACAAGAUUCCAGGUGUUCUGUAAGAAUAUGGAGAGGAUCCAACAGGUACAGAAGGCUGAGAUGGGUUCUGGCAAGUACGGCAUCACACAGUUUGCUGAUCUCUCAGAGGAAGAGUUCAAGAAAAAUUACCUGGGUUUUAAGACACCUGCAACUGUUCGUCAACUGCCAAAAGCUGAGAUCCCUACUGACCCAAUACCAGAUGCCUGGGACUGGAGGGACCAUGGAGCCGUCACCCCUGUCAAAAAUCAGGGUUCGUGUGGGUCUUGUUGGGCCUUUUCAGUGACUGGCAACAUAGAAGGGCAAUGGGCGAUUAAAUCCCCCUCCCAUCAGCUGCUGUCACUGUCAGAACAAGAGCUGGUGGACUGUGACAAGAUUGACGAGGGAUGUAAUGGUGGCUUCCCCUCACAGGCCUAUGAGGCUCUCAUGGAACUGGGUGGUAUUGAGACAGAGGGAGACUACAAAUACGAGGGCAAGGAUGACAAGUGCAGACUAAACAAAUCUGAAAUAGUGGUCAAGCUGACCGGAUCAGUCAACAUCAGCAGAGAUGAAACUGAAAUGGCUGCCUGGUUGUACAAGAAUGGACCCAUCUCUAUUGGGAUCAAUGCUUUUGCUAUGCAGUUUUACAUGGGCGGCAUUUCUCACCCUUGGAAGAUGUUCUGUGACCCCAACAGCCUUGACCAUGGUGUUCUGAUUGUGGGAUAUGGAAUGAAGGGUAAAGAACCUUUUUGGAUUGUCAAAAACAGCUGGGGUACUCACUGGGGUGUAAAGGGCUACUACCUGGUUUACAGAGGGGAUGGAACAUGUGGCCUUAACACCAUGUGCACGUCUGCUACUGUCAAUUAGGCUCAAGUCUGCUACUGUCAGUACUGUCAGCUAGGCUCACGUCUGCUACUGUCAGCUAGGCUCACGUCUGCAAUUUUCAGUACUGUUAACUAGGCUCAUGUGUCACACCUUUCGCUUCAGCAGGACUAAAAUAUUUGAAAUUUUUUGUCUUUCACAUGAUUUUAUUUCUUCAUGUCAUUUUAUUUAAUUAUAUCAGUGGAUUUUUUCAUUUGAUUUAACUGUAUCAGUAGAUUUUAAAACUUUAUCCAGAGAAUUGUUCCCUAAGAUUUAGGGUCAGAGUUUUGAUAUUAUUUAUUUAAAAAGAUGAGACUUUCAACAAUUAGGUUAAAAGAUUUAAAAAUUUAUAGUUACCUAUAUUUAAAAAAAAAAUUCCAAAUCAGAAAAUUAGGAUAUUUUAAAAUUAUAAUGUACAGAGAAUUUGGAAAUUUUCAAAUGAGUUAAUAAUUAAGUUCUUUAUUUACAUGUUUGCUUUUAAAUGUCUCGGGUAAUUUUGUUGGCAACUUGAGUGAGUAUACAUAAUUUAAAUUAAGCUUCAAAUCAUUUUAAACUAUUUUUUGCACUUAACAGCACAACAACUCUCAAAUUUGAUCUGAUGAACUCUUUUUUUUUUUUUUUAAUAAUCUGAAAAUUUGGGAUCUUCAAAGAAAAUUUUAUAAAACUUUUUUAUUUUUUAUAUGUAAUGAACUUCUUGUAUAUACACUUUUAGUAUUAUAUGAAAUGUUGAUGUGUAACUGAGUUUCUGAUAAUGGUGCUUAACCUAAACAUGUAAUGUGCUAGUGCUUUAGGCUUAUGUAAAGUUGAUGGAAAAAAUUUGGUUUGGCCUUGAUUGAAUCUCGUUUAGCACUUGUCCUGUGCACAUAGGUAGGGAUUUCCCAUGUUACAUGUUAUUAUAUAAGAUUUUUUUCUUCUUUUUUUUGACAAGCAAUUAGAAGGUUGAAAAACAAAACAAUAUAGAUCUAUAUUUAUCUCCUUUUUUUAAAAAAAAAAAAUCUGUCAUUUCAACAUCGCAAACAAAGAUUAUUUUAUUGGCUUGACCUCUCUUGUCUUAUCUGGCCAGUUGUGCCAAACCUGUUGACCCAGAUUGGCUUAAAACAAGGUCACCAAUAUGGCGGACGGUGAUCUAGCAGCUUCCAUCAAGUCAUGAGCUGCUGGCUUAUCUGCCAGAUAGGACUCCACAGUUUUUAAAAUAGCUGAACACAUGUUUUCCCCCACGAUAGCCUGUUUUUCUCUGUGACUUAAAGAUUCAAAUUUUGUGAAGUCAGCUUGUACUAACUAAAAACAAUUACAUUCCUUUAUCGUCUGAAAUAGGUGGAUUCACGUUUUUACUAAAUAAAUUAAAAAAUCUUUCUAAAA